AUGGCGCCGCCCGAAAGGGCCCAGUCUCUGCUGCAGAGGAUCCUGCGCCGCUCGCAGAACACGCCUCGCAUCCUCUGGUGGCAGGCGAGCGAGAUCCUGUACAAACUGCAGCGCCGCCAGCGCAACGACGUGAAGCAACACCCAUGUGUGGCCACUUGCCUAGGGGUGACUGUCUGCAGGCACAAACUGGUUCGCUGUAUGCGCCGCUUCCCGCACAACGCCACAACGCGCUGCGCCGGCGAAGCGUCCCGACACUACCAGUGUACCGUCAAGAACGAUGGCUGGACAGCCGAGGACGGGGUCAACUACGCGCGGAUUCUCGAUUUCGACAUCUUCGACACACGGAAACCGGCUGUAUUCACCGCGGAGGAGCUGCAGCGCAGCGGCAUAGCGGUGACCAACAACUUUGUGCCGAAUAAGCGAUUUAAGUAG